GGGGGCGGAAGAGGCGGGGCUCUGCCGGUCCUCACAGCGCGGAGUGAAGCUUCCGGCUUCCGGUUUGAAGCCGAAGAAAAGUCGCCGCUGCCCCGGCGUGGGGUCAGGCAUGAGGAGGUUCGGCGGCCGAUUGAGAAGGUUAUCCAGACAUCACACGGGCCCUUCCUCCCGCUGACCUCCUGAAGCCAUGGUUUCCAAACGCGUCUUCAUCUGCAGCCUGGGCUCCAUCUACCUGUCCCUCCUCUUCGUCUUUUUGCUCAUGGAUGUCUACGCCCGGCCGGCCAACAGCUCCGUCCUCAAAGAGAAGGCGGCGGCCGACAGCAAAGACGAAAACGAGAUCCUCCCUCCGGAUCACCUGAAUGGAGUCAAGAUGGAGCUGGACGGGCACCUCAACAAGGAGUUUCACCAGGAGGUCUUCCUGGGGAAAGAGAUGGAGGAGUUUGAGGAAGACUCAGAACCGUGGAGGAACCGGAAGAAACUGGUGGUGAUUUUCUCAAAGGUUGACAUCAACCGGGACAAGAAAAUCAGCGCCAAGGAGAUGCAGCGCUGGAUCAUGGAGAAGACCGAGGAGCACUUCCAGGAGGCCAUGAAAGAAAACAAGAUGCACUUCCAGGCCGUGGACCCGGAUGGCGAUGGCCACGUGUCCUGGGAUGAAUAUAAAAUCAAAUUCCUGGCAAGCAAAGGCAUGAACGAGAAAGAGGUGGCGGAAAAGAUUAAAAACAACGAAGAGCUGAAGAUUGACGAAGAGACCCAGGAAGUGCUCGAUAAUUUGAAAGAUCGCUGGUACCAAGCCGACAACCCGCCGGCCGAUCUGUUGCUGAACGAGGAAGAAUUUUUGUCUUUCCUUCAUCCGGAGCACAGCAGAGGAAUGCUGAAAUUUAUGGUCAAGGAAAUCGUCCGGGAUUUGGAUCAGGACGGCGAUAAGAAGCUGACCCUUUCCGAGUUCAUUUCCUUGCCGGUUGGCACGGUCGAAAAUCAACAAGCCCAGGAUGUGGACGACGACUGGGUGAAAGACCGAAAGAAGGAGUUUGAGGAAGUCAUCGAUGCCAACCGUGACGGUAUCGUUACCAUGGAAGAGUUGGAGGAGUACAUGGAUCCCAUGAACGAGUACAACGCCUUGAACGAAGCCAAGCAGAUGAUCGCCGUGGCGGACGAGAACCAAAAUCACCACCUGGAGCUGGAGGAGAUCUUGAAAUACAGCGAGUAUUUCACCGGCAGCAAGUUGAUGGACUACGCGCGGAACGUCCACGAGGAAUUCUGAAGGCGCGGAGCCCUCGGGCGCCCGUCGCGCCGCCUCGUUUCCCCCAAACACAACACGCGUUUUCCUUUCGCUGCCGGGCCUGUUGUGUUCUGUGCAUCUAUACAGUGUGGUGUUCUGGACUUUUUUCCUUUCAAAAGCCCCGUCCGUGUACACUUAAAAUAAUGCCAAAUGUUUUUUUUUUCCUGAACUCGCCAGGAUAGAAUCUGGACACGUUCUUGAUUUUUGCAGUGCCGGUUGAACAGCAUUCACUACGGUCUCCGAAGACUCCCUGUUCCGAUUCUUUGGUUUUUUUUCAUCGGCGAACACCACAGGGGAAAGCUGGCAAAACCCUGGUCCUUGAUCCCUGGAGAGGGAGGGAAGGAGGGAGGAAGGGGGGAAUAUGUUAAUUUUAAUAUCAAGUUAAAUCAUGGUGCGGUUGUGUAGCUCUUGUGAUUGCUUGAAAAAGAAUGUUUCGGAAAACAUCGAUUCACUGGAAACUG